ACAUGCUGAAUAGCAAUCGCAAACUCCGCCGUGUUCCGCCGUGGCUAUCUCGGGGAUUUGAAAUGUACUCGAUGGCGUGCUGAUAGCCUUCUGACUACAAGAUAUAAGACCGCGGCCAUACCUCCCACUCCAUCCUUCCCGUUCUUCGCUCUCCCACACGUCUGAAAAGAACCCUUAUUUUCACGUCACAGCUACUAUUCCCAUAUAACCAUGCACGACCACCAGGCACCACGGUGGCACACGUACCCAAGAUUACUAAACACACCGACCUAAAUCCUUACGCAACCCCCUCCACGCACCUCUUCUGCCUUCACCCCUUUGAAUUCGGACGCUAUUUUCCCCCUUCAACAGCCCAUCCGCUCUCCACUAGCGACACAAAGCGCGCCGACUCCGCGUUCGGGUGCUGGACCUAGGGGCUAGUCGGGGCUAUGGUUGCGCCGAGGGGCCGAUGUGGACGUACAGGACAGUUUCACUCACAAAAGGUCGUUGGUUGCUUAUAAACCUUGGGACAGCCACUGUUGCGAUUUUUGUACGGAGAAAAAACAAGUUCGGAAAUCAUCAAUCAACCUCUCUCCAUACCAUACAAUCAGAUAUCGCAGAUAUGUCGACUGUCAGCUUCACCCUCUCGCAGGAUUACGGAUACGUAAUCCUCGCCGCAACAUCCACCUUCAUCCUCAACACCGUCCACGGCUUCAACACAGGCAAAUUCCGCAAGGCGGCCGCCAUCCCCUACCCUGCCCCCUACGCUACCAACGAGGUGGCCAAGGACAACGAUGAUGCAUACCGCUUCAACUGCGCGCAGCGCGCGCACGCCAACUACACCGAGAACCACACCUCUGUCCUCGCCACGCUCCUGAUCGCGGGUAUUGAGUUUCCCCGCGUCGCAGCUGGGCUCGGCGCUACUUGGGUCGUGGGGAGGUACCUUUACAUGGCGGGUUACUCGAACUUGGCGUAUGGACGGGGAGGGAAGGGACGUUAUCGCGGGAUGGUUGCGUACAUUGGUCAGCUUGGGCUGUUGGGGUUGACGAUUUACAGUGGGCUGGGUAUGAUUAUGGGGUGGUAGAGGAGAUACCAACGUGGUAGUGUAGGUUAGGUGGGAAUAACAGUUGUAUUACUCUAGUGAUUGUGGACUUGAUUGAGGGGCUGUGACGAAGGUACUGGUUUUGUGAUUGUGUGAAUGCAUUGGAGACAAUGGAUAAUAUGUUGCAUGUUGACAUUUCAAUUCGUAAAGCUAGUAAUACAGCACCAGCAGAA